GAUAAAAUAAAUACCUGGGAGCUCAGUGCCCUGAUGUCAAACGCAUCUCCGAUUUUGAAUGGUGAAAACACAGGUGGAGUUGGUGAAUUUGGGACUGACGCUUCCGUCAACAUGGUAGCCGCUAUCCAUGAUCACAUUUCUUGUGCCAAGCCAGUGCCAAUGGACUCAUUUAAUUCUCAAGAUUCGAAGGCUGGUAUUAUGACAUAUUCGUGCGAUUUUGAUCAUAUGUAUGCGAGUUUAACUGAUGGUGGAACUUUACAGAAAGAUAGUGCUGAAGUGAAAAAGUUGAAAGAACUGUUAUUACUCCACUUGGACCUAAUUCAGCAGCAGUCAGAGCAAUUGAUGACCAAGGAUAAACAGCUGGCAGCACUGCGACAGGAAAAUGAAACGCUUAGACAAAGAUUGGAGCGAAUGGACAGGAGAGUUAAUCUCCAAAAACAUCGAGAAGGCGGGGACGUUAUUGUUCCAACUUCUACACCUUGCACAAGUUCACCAAUACCAGUGUCACCUUCAUUCACUGCAGGGCCUGUUCUGCUUAGCACACUUUCUCCCGUUAUUGAAACGGAGUCCGAUACUAUCACCAUCCCUUUGGACAAUCUUGAUUCUAAUUCUCACAACCCUUUGGCAGUAGUGCCAAAUGACAAUGUGUCAGAGUGUCAAAGCGUGACUUCUAAUUCAUGGGAAGUUGGUAAGCGAAGGAGAAGAGAUGCUGAUAGUGUGAGUGUGAGUGCAUCUAGUGUUGGUGCCAGUGGCCAUGGUGUGGGAGUGAGCAGAAGAAAGCGAUUGACAUCAUGGACCUCAUCAGUCAAUAGUGAUGUUGCUUCCCAUGAUGGUAGGACAUCUCUGGGCAAAGACAUUACGGAGAAUAACAGAAGAACACCAAAGAGACUGAGAACUAAAGGCUCUCCUGCCAAGAAAGACAACAUGCUGACUACCGACCUGUUGUAUUAUACCCCUGUGGGUGACACAGAUGUGUCGUGGACGUCCACCCCACAGAUAACUGGGCUGGAGCCUGAAGUGCUGAAUGGACAUGUGGAGGUUCCAAGUUGGAGACAGAAGAUCUAUACCAGUUGCUAUACAAUGGAGGGCACAGAGAACCUAGACGAUGAAGUUUUCAAUAAACGUCAUCAACGUCUCGAAAUUGAUGAGCGGCGAAGAAAAAGGCAACGAAUUCGGGAGCAGCGACAAAUUGAGAAACUGAAACAGCGGGAGCUUGCUUCGACUCGCAAAACCUCUCGCCACCAUGACGAGGAGCCUCUCACCUCUCUGUGGCCCCAAGUGGAUGACGCAGAGUUCUUAGAGGUGUCAGAUAGUGUGCCAGUUGCUGCCUUUGGCUUGCCCAUCACAAAAUUUUCUGCCAGUGAAUUUUCGUUACCUUGGCUGACAUCAGCGCGCUGCAAAACCACUCCUCAUACAUCAACUCGUAGGAGGUACGAGAAUAGGAGGUAGGCAGCAUUGGUUCAAGUGUCUCGGGAGAUUGGGAAUAAAGGUUUUGAUCUUGUGAUCAGGAAAGGGGAAUUUUAAAUGUAAUUUGAGUUUGAGAAUAUGCUGAAAAAACAAGGUGAUGACUGAUGCUGAUGUGUGUGUGUGUGUGAAAUACUCUCAAAUAGUUGACUGUGAUAUAGAAUAUGAAAUAUUGUAUUUGUACUGAAUCCAUUUCCAAAUACACAAACCUUAUUGUAACUGCACCCACUGGAAGUGGUUGCAGCCCACCUGUUGGAGCUUUUGGCAGCAAGGAAAGGACUAUGUAUGUAGAGAAGGCAUUUCAUUCUCUUUGGUUGGAGCCUGAGGUUACACAUCUUUUCGAAUCCCCCACCGAAUACAGAGUAUACUUGUGAGGAUGAUUCAACGUUUUUACGUAUGAGAAACUACGUUACCUUAAAGAUUUCUUUUCCUGCUUUCUCAUGCUUUUUUCCCCCUUUUUUUUCAUUUGGGAAGAAUUCCUCAUAACACAUUGGCACUAAUACAAUACUGUGAAUGAAUUAUCUUUGUAUUGUUUUAUAUUUUGUUUUUCCUUGUAAAUUUCCUAACUGCCAAAUGCCCCUGGAAUGAAAAAUGUUUCAAUCUAUCUGAAGUAGAUCUACUUGUUUGUUUGGGGAAGGUUUGAUGACUGGGGAAGUAGGCUAUGCAUCAAUCUGGAUACUAUUAUUUUUUUUUCAAGUAGGUUAUAUUGUGAGCCCAGUUUGUCUACAAAGCUUUUCAGAAAGUUGUUUAUUUUAUGAGAAUUGGCACCAGCAAAACAAUAGUAGAAAAUUGAGGACAGAAGUUGGCUCCACAUGUCUGUGUUUUAUUCACCAAUCAUACAUUGUAUUUGUUGUAAAUAUUUGAAGUUAUUUGAUUUGUUUUCCAAUGGUACAAUAUUUCAAAAUGAAUUUAGUAUUAUACAUUUUCUUUGUGGAAAAUCAUGGUUUGCAUGUGUCAAUUCAAAUUCUAUUUCUUAAUUUUAUCUUGAAAAAAUGUUGCUUUACUGAAUUCGUGUUUUCCAUUCAGAUAUGAUUAUCAUGUAUUUUUGAGGUUUUCUUUUAUCUAUACUCAUAGCCAACAUUCAUUACUCUAUAAUAAUGUUUUGUCUGCACAAAUUCAUUGUCUUGAUUUGUGUUGCCAAUUUUACAGAGUAAUAGUUGCCUUCCAAUCCAUUGUAUCAAACCAUUGAAAAACCAUUGUACUUAGAAUAAAAUUUAAUCAGCUUAAGUUAUGCUCAAUUUAGUUGUCAAAGAGAUAUCAUUCAAAGCUUCGUGAUACCUGUGCCGUAUUUGAUUGACUGUGCAGCUGGCAUUAAUUGAAGGCUCCGUAUGAAUACAUGCUUAUAAUCCUGUGGUGAACGUAUUUAAUGUAAUGAAAAAUUGUAGUAUUAUGUACCCAAGUUCAUGUAAAAUUGAUUUGCGGAAAUGCAAGCAAUGUAUUUUUGUUGAUAAAUUAUUUUGAUAGAAUCAGUAUCCCAGAUCCAUGUUAACAUUUGUGGAAGGAAAUUGUUUCCUCCAUUACACUUAUUACUUGCUUUCUAAAUAACAGAGACAGUUGGUGCACAGAAAAUAUAUUUUAUUCAAGGAAUUGGUAUCACCUCAAUUAAUGGUGGGUAAAUAUUACAUCACGUUUUAUUUGUAAAUUUUAUAUUUCUUUAAAAGAAUUCUCUCACUAAUGUGUUAGUGUAAUUGAUAUAUUUUUUGGGUAUCUUGUAGAUUUUGUUUACAGAAAUUUAUAGAAUAAUAUAAAUUGCCUCAUAUUUUCAAGAAUUUCUGUGUGUGUGUGUUUGUUUCUGAUAGUGUAUAUUUUUUUAAUGCCUGUGUUUUAUUUUGGGCUAAAGUGUGCUGGUUUUCAGUACCUUAAUGAGGGAGAUAGGGCCAAGGAAAUGAUUGGACUAAACCGGGUUAAACUUGGUUAAAUUCCACUUAAUAAUGUUGUGGCCUACAUUAUGAAAUGAUUAAUCACUUUUGAAAGAUGUACAAAGCUUGCUAAUGAUGAAAUGAGCUUUCCUUCAGUGUUUCAGAGACAGACUUUCAAAUACGGUUCCUUUGAAAUUUAUUUUUUUUUAUAAGAGAUUGUUAAUUCUUUUGUAAGUAGUUUGUGAAACUAAGUGAUAUCAAUUCCUCAGUGAAAUACUGGAAUAACUGUUUUAAGUUUCCUUGCAAACGAUUGUUAGUUGGAAUGUGCUUAAAAGUGUAUGUACAGAAGAUAUUUGCUUUUACACAGGGUAGAGAAAUUUAGUCUAGAGAUAAAUGGUGUGUUUCCUCCCAUGAAUUAUUGGUUUGAUAUGUUGUUUCUGUAUUGAUGUGUUCCCUGUACCUGAUGCUUAACAUUCAUACACAGACAUUCUGGUCAGUCUGCUGCUAUUCUUUUUUAUAGUCUGCAUUAAAGACUUAUGAACCCGUGUCAUUUACAAUUUCUUUUGCCAUCAAGAGAAUUGUGACGCAAGUAUGAUUCUUGAGAUUUUCAAACCUAUGUGCAACAUUUGAAUAUAAUGUUAUCGAUUAAUCUCUGUUGAGAAAAUGUAAAUAAUAAUUUUUGACAGACUGCAGACUUACUUUGAGAAAAUAUAGCAUAGAAAGCACUUGUUUAGAACAUUGACAGUUGAAAAUGAGCAUCUUUUUUUUUGGCAAAAAUGUGUUAAACCUUCUCUUGAGUGGAAAAUUAAGUCGCUGUACAUUUGCAGAGGUGCUAAUAUUGAUAAUAAUGUCUGAUAAAAUGUUUGAUUGUGACUUUAAAUGGUAAGGGAAAUUCAGUCCAUUUUUCCUAAUCUGCAAGGAAUUGCGGAAAAGUUUGCUAAGUCAGGUUCAUUGUUGGCUUAAUUCUUAAUGUCAUAAUACAUAUGUGUAUAUAUUUAGCAGGGAAGAACUGGUGCUGAAAAAUACACAAAUCAAACAUUUUGUGUCACUGUAGAAAGUUAACCAAGAAAGAAGAGAAAAGAAGAUAAGUUUUGUUGUGAUUAUUUUAAUUGUAUGCUACACAUAUUGCAAUAUACUAUGAUGAAGGGGGAAGGUAAGAGGUACAUGAAAAAUGUAUAAUUUAAAUUCUAUUCACAGUUGGUGAUAGAAGUGUUUGUAAGUGUUUCUUGCCAGAGAUUUUCUUAUCCAUGUUUCUUCAGAAAUAAUUCAAGUCUUACUAAAUCAUAUGAAAACAAGUAAGGUCAAUCAAAAUGCGAUUCAUAGAAAAUAGGUAAAAUAUUGAAAUUGAAAACAACUACAAAUCAUUAGUUUUGUGUAGGUUAACUUAGAAAUACAAAUAUAUUGUCAACUUGACUGCUGUUAUUCUUUGCCAUGAGUCUUUUUUUUGAUCAAUUCCAGUUGUGCUUGCCUCCCUGUUGAAACCUCUCUUGAUGCCUUUUUGGAAAAUGUUCAAUGCCUUAUACUAAAUGCAUAUCUCGGAUGUAGAAUACAAUUAUGAAUUGUUAUAAAAAAAUCUUUAAUAGAAAUUUAAAAAUUCGUAGCUUCAUAAUUAGAGUAGAGGGGAUGGAUGUAUAUCUCUUGUCCGAUUAAAAUAAGUAUCAGAUUCACAUUUUUAUAAUAUCAAGGCAUUUCCAUAUAAUCUCUCCACAGAAAAGCAGGGAUCUCCAUACUACGCUAAGUGGCUCUUCUCCGAAACUUGCUGGAGUAUUAUCCAGCUUGCAUUGCUUUUAGAUCAGGUUUUCCUAAAAUGGAAAAAUUCAAGGGGAAGCCAUGUUGAUGAAGCUAAUUGAAGAGAAAUAGAUAGCUGAGGCAUGCCAUGAGUCUUGAAGAUGAAGCACAUGAUGAUGGCUAAUAAGACAGUAGGAAAUGAGACAAAGCCACUUAAUGAUUAUUAGCUUCCAUUAAUCAAAGAUUUUAUGGUGAAAUGUACAUAGAGAAAACUCC